CGGCCUGCUCGGCCAAGAUGGCGACGGCAGGAGCAGGGCGGCACCCGGCGGGCCCCGCUUCCGGCGGCCUCCUGAUGACGUCCGGGCGCGCCGCGCGGCGAACCCGGGGACAGAGCGGACGCCGCAUGGAGGUCAGCGGAGCUUGGGAGUCGCUGGCCAGGCGUUCUCCCAGCCACCCGGACCGCCAUGGCAGCCCGCCUGGUGAAAGAGUGUGCCUGCCUCCUGAGAGAAGCGGCUCGCUUUGCCCCCGCCAUGGCCCCAGUGAGCCGGCCGAGGCUCGUGGCGCUGGCCCAGAGGCCCCUGACCUCUUCAGCCACCUCUCCAAGCUCCCGGCUCCCAGGCUCCCUGACAGAGCUUCUGGAGAGGGAACAGGUGUUCACGCCCUACCCCAAGCCCUCGGAGGUGGACCAGUGCAUCGAGAAGGCCACCCAGCCGGAGCAGUUACUAGAACUACUGGACAGCGGCCACAGUUUGCACCACAACCACGCAGCCAUCAUGCUCAUUCGCCUCACGCGCCUGCUGGCUGAGAAGCCAAAGGAUAGGGCCUCACUACAGCAGGAUGCUCGCUUCCAGCAACUUCUGCAGCUGGUCAGCAGCCAGAUAACCUUGGUCUGGCAUGGGACCCUGGUGAGGCUGCUGCGGAGCCUGUAUGCACUGGCACUGCCCGAAGCAUGCCGGGAGCUGCGCUCUGUGGAACAGGAGGUACGCUGGCGCCUGCGGCGGCUCAAGUACAAACACCUGGCCUUCCUGGCCGAGACCUGCGCCACCUCCAUGCAGGAGCAACAGUCGCAGGAGCUGCUGGCUGAACUGCUCACACACCUGGAGAGGCGCUGGACAGAGCUGGACGACGGCCGUAUGCUGGCGACCCUGAUGUUGAAGGCUGGCCACCUUUCGGGCUCGCUGAUGAACCGCCUGGAAGACAAGUGCCUGGAGCUGGUGGAGCAGUUUGGCCCUGAAGAGCUGCGGAGGGUGCUGCUGGCGCUGGCGGCGCAGGGCCGGCGGUCGUUGCCACUGCUGCGGGCCAUCUCCUACCAUCUCGUGCAGAAGCCCUUUCCGCUGACGAAAAGUGUGCUCCUGGACCUGACCUACGCCUAUGGCAAGCUGAGCUUCCACCAGACCCAGGUAGCCCAGCGCCUGGCUGACGACCUGCUGCCACUGCUGCCCAGCCUGACGUCCACCGAGGUGGCCCGCUGCGCCAAGUCCUUCGCCUUCCUCAAGUGGCUCAACCUGCCCCUGUUCGAGGCUUUUGUCCAGCACAUCCUGAACAGAGCCCAGGACGUCACCCCGUCUCACCUGUGCAACAUAGUGCUGGCCUUUGCCCACCUGAACUUCCACCCGGAGCAGGAAGAGAAGUUCUUUAGCCUGGUGCAUGAGAAGCUAGGGCCGGCACUGGUGAGCCUGGAGCCAGCCGUGCAGGUGGAUCUGGUUUGGGCUCUGUGUGUGCUGCAGCAGGCACAGGAAGCCCAGCUGAGAGCCGUCCUCGAUCCAGGGUUCCACACCCCUCUUCUAGAGACCACGUCUCCUAAGGGUCAGAGCACCUUCCAGAAGCUGCUGCACAUCAACGCCACUGCCCGCCUAGAGCACCCUGGGUAUACAGGCCCCCUCCUGCCAGCCUCUGCUCUGGCUGCCCAGCCCCUAGCCCCCGACCAGAAGGUGACCCCGCUGCAAAGGGAGCUGCCAGAGAUGCUGAAGGGACUGCUGGGCAGUGCCGACCGAGGCAGCUUCGCAGUGGCCACACAGUACGGCUGGGUGCUCGACGCGGAGGUGCUGCUGGAUGCGGACGGCCAGUUCCUGCCCCUCAGAGACUUUGUGGCACCUCACCUCACCCAGCCAGCUGGAAACCAGCCCUUGCCUGAGGGGGCCAAGAGGCUCGCCUUCCUGAGGUGGGAGUUUCCCAGCUUCAGCAGCCGGAGCAAGGACCUCAUGGGCCGCUUCGCCCUGGCCCGGCGCCACGUGCUGGCCGCGGGCUUCCUCGUGGUGGAUGUCCCCUACUACGAGUGGCUGGAGCUCAAGUCUGAGUGGCAGAAGGGCGCCUACCUCAAAGACAAGAUGCGCAAAGUAGUAGCUGAGGAGCUGGCCAAGUGACCAUCCAUCCAUCAGUAGGACUGCAUGCCCAGGUCUGGUUCUGGGCACCUGAUGGCAAGAGGUGGCUCCCUUGAAGAGGAGAAACCACCCCUGCACUGGACUUGGCCUGGGCAGGGGUGCUCAACAGCUCUGGGGGAAAUAGGGCCCUCAUGUGUAAUAAAUCAAUUCUGCUCUCA